UGUGUGUCACUCUGUCACUCAGAGUUCAAACAACACAGGAAGGCCAGCUCAGAGACCAUUUUGUCGGCUCCUAUAUUGACGGAUGACCGGCACACGAGGGUUACAGAGUCAGCUCGUUUGGACCCCCAGUAUGUGUGGCGGAGGUCAUGCAGAGAUGAUCUGAAGGAGGAAAAGAUAGAGGAGCACGUCUCUGAGUAUAUUAGUAUGACAACAAUGGGAAAGGAGGCCAGUCUGGAUGGAUUAGAAUUUGACGGAGAUACCGUCUUGUGUCGUGUCUGCGGCGACAAAGCAAGUGGCUUCCACUAUGGAGUACAUGCCUGUGAAGGCUGCAAGGGAUUUUUCCGACGCAGCAUCCAACAGAAGAUACAGUACCGUCCAUGUCUGAAGAAUCAACAAUGUAAUAUAAUGCGAGUGAAUCGCAACAGAUGCCAAUACUGUCGAUUGAAAAAAUGUAUAGCUGUUGGGAUGUCUCGAGAUGCUGUGCGUUUCGGCAGGGUCCCGAAAAAAGAAAAGGCACGAAUCAUCGAACAGAUGCAGAAAAUGAAUUCACAGACUCCUAGCCAUCAGCUGAGUGGCGUCCUACAGAAUCCACUCGACUUGGUUCAGCACGUCAUUGCUGCGCACCGACAAACAUGUGCCUUCACGCUGGACCGUGUAAAGAGCAUGCGCCAAGCAGCCGUGCAGACGGGCGAGUUUGUCAACUGUCCUGCUCAAAUGGCUUGCCCACUCAAUGCCAACCUUGCUACAGAUCCAAAUGACAACUGCUGGGAAGAUUUCUCCGAAUUUUUUUCGCCAGCUAUCAAGUCAGUUGUCGACUUUGCCAAAGCCAUUCCAGGGUUUGCCCUAUUGAAUGCUGAUGAUCAAGUUACAUUACUAAAGGCAUCAACAUUUGAGGUACUCCUCGUACGACUUGCAGCUUUAUUUGAUCCGGAUACAAACACCAUGUUGUUCACAUGUGGGAAACUGUUCAAGCGACAGCCAUCUGCCGUGAAUACUAGUGCUGGUUUUCUAUUAGACUCCAUGUUUGAUUUUGCUGAACGUUUCAACAAGCUGAAUUUGACAGAUGAUGAGAUAGCUCUGUUCUCCGCUGUGGUGCUCUUAUCUCCAGAUCGUCCGGGCCUGCGGAACCUGGAGCAGAUCGAGAAAGUACAGACCAAGUUGACCGAAAGCCUACAAACCAUCAUCAACACUAACCAUAUGCAUGAUAAUACAUUGUUUGCCAAACUACUGAUGAAGACGACAGAUCUGCGUACACUUAAUACUCUUCACUCGGAGAAGUCACUGGGUCAAGCUUGCCAUGGUGUUGAUGGUUCAGAAAGUGACAAUAUGGAUUUAAAGGCCAAUCUACAAGAGGCUAUUGACUCCAGAUCUGAGGGAUCCUCCCCGUCGGAUCCUUCGUUGAGUGCCAUCGGUUAUGACCCCACGGUGGAGGUCAGUGGGGCCCCAGUCGUACCACUGCGAGGUCCAGUUGAUGUUCAGACGCACCAGCAACAGGUUGUGCUUAAAACUCCCUACGGAACAUUCUACCGUGAGGAGAGUUUCUACGGCCUCGUCCCCGACGUUCCGCGACGCCGCUGUCACACCCUUGACCGAGAGACUGUGUCUCGGCCGCGAUUACACACCAUUGAAGAGGGUAGUAGGCGUAGGAAUACUUUAGACAGGGACUACAUCAAUAAAAUGGUGAACAAACUGAGUGAUAAGUUAGAGAAGCGGGCUGCCAUACACGGUGAUAGCAUGCCACCGUCCAUCUGUAAUAGUGCUGCCAGUAGUCCCAUUCCCGAGGAGUAUCAACACUAUCUAAAUCGUAACCAUGAGUUCAUACCCAUUUCUACGCCGGCUGAUUCAAGUGCUUGUAGCUCUCGGGCCAGUCCAUCGAUGAAUCGUGACAUGCUGAUGUCGCGGGAUACGAUUAUGAACCGUGACACAUUACUUCCUUACGGUUCCUCGCCAAGUUCUCCGAACCCUCGUUCCCGAUCGGGUUCAAUGGGUGCGGAUGAUUUUGGUAGUCGUCGACGCUGCUACAGUUUCCACAUGAACAGCGAGGGUAGAGCUUCGCGUGGCAGUACACAACAGCAACAGAUGGCCAUCAAUUACCAGCCGGAGCACGAGAGGCUCACUUCCGAGGACUUCAACAGCGCAAUAAUGCCGGACAUGAGAAGAGGAAGUGUCGGAGCUUCCUACAAUCUCCAUGCACGCAAGAAGUCUCUCUUGGUUGACCGCCACCCUGCAUACUUGUCACGACUUUCUGACUCAAUAAAAAGGAAGACUGAACAGCAUCACUUGAUGGCCGAUCUGACAUCAACCGCACAGGCUAUCCACAUGGGUGAUGACAACAGUGCGUUUGACAGUGUGUCGUCCAUCCGAAUCCCCGUCCCAUGUCGCCCACAACAGUGGCCCAACCCUACGCCCACGCCGUCCCAUCCAAAGGAACCGGAGGAACCUAAGGAUGACAUGGAGGAGCCCAUGUCCCCGAUGUCUACAGAUCAGGCGGAUGAUGACAACCCACCUGUGGAGGUGUUCCACAAGAAGUUUGACAAGCUGCGUAAACACAUGAUCCAGGCUACCGAGGGGGAAACUGAGUAUAAGCAUCUGGUUACGGAGGGAGUUGAACAGAAGAUUGCCACACCUACUAUUGUCAUAGAGGACCCGCCUAAACUGGACCAUUCAAAGUCCCCCAAACUUCAGAAGCCAAAACUCUCUGCGGGUGAAGCUCAUCCGCAGCUUUUGGCCCAUUUGCAAUCGCCGAAUAGAGCGGGGAUGGUCAAUGUUCCGCUACAACUGGGGUCACAGGGCCUUCCUCCUCUAUCUUCCGGUGUGUAUCUCAACAAUAACGGAUUGGCAGCAGCGCUCUCGCACCCACCAGAUGCGGAGAUGGCAAGUCGAGGAAACCAAAAGGAACAGUUACAUGCAACAACCAUGUUCCACCUGAAAGACAAACUGAUGAGGAAAUAUGACAGUAUGGAAAAUCUCCACAAGAUUGGUCAAAAUCCAGGACAGGCCUCGGACAAUGACAGCAAUGUAGAAACUAGCCGCAAUCCAUCCACUACAGAAUCUCCUCUGACUAAGUCAGUACCCGGCUUCCAGGGGCACAUGCCGGUCAAUUCCCAGGGGCAGGUCCCCAACACGGGAAUGUUCGGCCCAGGAAUGUAUCCUAAUGCCAUGCACCCUGCCUUUAUCGGGGCAGCCUACUCUUCAAUGCACACUAUGAAUAUGAUGCCUGGUUAUAACCAGCACUUGGCAGGCAUGCAGCAAAUAGCUCAAUUUUACGGGCAGGGCCCACAAGUUAGAUUUAGUCCAGAUGGACAGCCUCUGAACCUCACACAAGGAUCCCAUACAACAGCAUCACUUGGGGCCGCCAGGGGAGGUAACUCUCUUACCUUAGAGCAAGCCGUGGAACACAAGAUUAAGGAAGAAGUCAGCUCCUAGUCACAAAUCAUGUGGGCAUAGAUCUUUUUCCAUAGUGCAUUUGUGUUUUUUACCUGAAGGACUGGUGUGUGUGUGUCGGAGAAGACCUAAGAUCUCGUGUGGACGAUUAUAAACAGUGUGACUGUGAUGAAACAUGAGGCUGGGUAUGCAUUUACAAACUGUAGGAAGAUCUGUGGAUGUUCAGGCUGCUGUCUCUGUGUUCUUAGGGGGUUUGUGUGAACUGUACUGAGGAUGUUAUGAUGAGUGUCUGGGUGAGAAUUGUGCCAGACUAUGCUAGCCCGGAGACUGUGGUGACCUUGUCAGUGCUAGCACCUUAUAAGUGCUGAGACAAUUGUGCUGGUGACUUUUGGAUAUUACUUGUUUGCAACUGUGAUUGUCCCGUGUAGUAAAAAAACUAGAGACUUUAAAGACAGCUUAACUUACGGCAGUUUACUAAAGAUCAUAGAAAAGUAUCGUGAAGAGAGCCCUUCUAGUCUCCUUUAUACAGCUGUACUUCUGAAGGUCGUACAGUGGUGAUGUCCAUGGCGACUCAAGCUAGACUACAUUGUACAGCUGAAGGUCGUACAGAAGUGUUGUCCAUUAUGACCUAGACUACAUUGUACAGCUGAAGGUCAUACAGAAGUGAUGUCCAUUGUGACCUAGACUACAUUGUACAGCUGAAGGUCGUACAGAUGUGUUGUCCAUGGUGACGAGGUCUUACAGAAGUGUUGACCAUGGUGACCUUGUCUACUUUGUACAGCUGAAGGUCGUACAGAAGUGUUGACCAUGGUGACCUAGUCUACUUUGUACAGCUGAAGGUCGUACAGAAGUGUUGUCCAUUGUGACCUUGUCUACUUUGUACAGCUGAAGGUCAUACAGAAGUCCAUGGUGAACUUCUAGUCUCCUUCUACAGCUGGACUGCUGAAGGUCAUACUGAGGUGUUGUCGAUGGUGACAAGGUCAUACAGAGGUGAUGUCCAUGGUGACCUAGUCUACUUUGUACAGCUGAAGGUCGUACAGAAGUAUUGUCCAUGGUGAACUUCUUGUCCCCUUUGUACAGCUAGACUGCUGAAGGAUGUUGUUGUGUGAACAGUCCUUCUAGUCAUCAGCUUUUCUGCUUAUAUUGAAGCUUAAGUUGUCUCCAGAUCUACGAAAUUCAAUUCUUGGUUGUCUUACUAGAAAACUGUGGACUGUCACUAGCCACUGUCAAAUAUUCCAGAUAGCAGACAAAUGGCGGUUUGUCUAAAGGUUGAGCAUUAAUCAAUGACAUGAAGCGUUAGAUGGUGUAAUUUAUGAGUUUAUGUAUAUAUAUAUAUAUAUUUGUGUGGUUAAACAUUGUUAUUUUGUGUGAGAAUCAAAGGCAACUAUCAUUAAUCGUAAUUUAUAAAGAAGGCCGGUUACAUAUGUGUACACAUGUCCGGCCAGACAUAUUUGCACAAAUAACUGGCUGGGUAUAUGUAAACAUAACAGGCCACAUAUAUAUAUGUGCAUACGACUGCUUAGAGACAUGUGUGUACACAUAUGACUGGCCAGACAUAUGUAUGUAGGCUCUAGCACCAGUCACUCGUAUGUACACACGAUUGGCCAGAUAGACUUGCUGAGUAAACAUUUCAAUGAAUGACAUUCGUUACACUAGAUACCCAAAAACCUAAUGUAACAGAUCAUUUUUAGCUCACCUGGUCCAAAGGACCAAGGUAAGCUUAUGCCAUAUAUACCGUGGCGUCUGGCAUCCGUCCGUUUGUCCGUUGCUACCUUGUGAACAUGAUAACUUAAAUAUCAACCCAGUUGAUGAAACUUUGUAUGCAGUCAGAUAUUGUCAAGUUCUCGGACAAGUUUGAAAAUGGAAAUUAUUUUAUUGUAGCUCACAGAGUUAUUGCCCUUUGUAAUAAUAUUAAUAUUAUACCUUGUGAACACGAUAACUUAAGUAAAUAUCAACUGAUUAAAAAUCUAACUUCAGUUAGAGUAUUUUACCAUAAUUACUGAAAAAUCAAGGUAAGCGAUGCAGGCCUUCUGGGCCUCUUGUUCAUUGAUAUCAAGUUCAGUUUUUUUUUGUAUUUUGUAGACAGUUAUAUUACGAAAAUUACUGUUGUACAAUACAUGUACUUGAAUGAGGCACCUCAUGUAAUUGGCUGAGGUAAGCUGGCAAACCCCGAUUUGAUUGGCUGAUGAGAAUAGACAGUAAGUAGGAUACUUGGAAAAGACUCUGAAAUUACCUGGUGAUUGACUGAGUGAGCAUGCAGUCAAACUGAGUAUGCCCAAUUUUAAAACUUAGAUAAGAAAGCUGAUUUGAUUGGCUGAAAUGAACAGACAACACAUACCAUACAAGGAUAGGACAGCUGAUUUGAUUGGCUGGGGAUGAACAGACAUACAAAUAACUGGAUAAGAAAGCUGAUGUGAUUGGCUGAGGUGAACAGACAGCAGAUUAGAUUGGCUGACAUGCAGCCAGUCCUGUCAAAGAGUUUGACAGGCAGGCAAUAGAGCAACAGAUCGUUGACCUUCAACAUUUCUUACUCAACGUUAACCAAUGUUUCUUCAUUUUGUUGCUUUUUUGCUCUAUGUGAGUAUAAGGUUUCUGAUGACUCUGGGUGUGAGGGUAUAUCGCUGAUGGCUUUGUCUAUGUGAGUAUAAGGUUUCUGAUGACUCUGGGUGUGAGGGUAUAUCGCUGAUGGCUUUGUGUAUGCGAGUAUAGCUGAUGGCUCUGAUUGGCUAUAUCUCUGAUGGCUCUGAUUGGCUAUAUCUCUGAUGGCUCUGAUUGGGUAUAUCUCUGAUGGCUCUGAUUGGGUAUAUCUCUGAUGGCUCUGAUUGGGUUUAUCUCUGAUGGCUCUGAUUGGAAUAUCUCUGAUGGCUCUGAUUGGGUAUAUCUCUGAUGGCUCUGAUUGGGUAUAUCUCUGAUGGCUCUGAUUGGGUAUAUCUCUGAUGGCUCUGAUUGGGUAUAUUUCUGAUGGCUCUGCGGGAGCGAGUAUGACCGACUCUCCUUGUGAUUGUGGUAUGAAAGGUCAGUGUGUUGGGGCUACCAAUAGUACUGUUGGGGUGUGAGCGGUGUGUGUGUGUUUUAAGUCUGCUAAUAGACUGUUGGAAGCCAUAUCAGUAGAAUGCCAACCUUUCAUUGAAAACUCAUAAAAUUAGUGCAAAAUUUGAUUCAUUUGAAAGUUGGAAAAAAAUGUGUGUGUUUGUGUAUAUAUAUAUGAUAUGCUAUUUAUUUAAUCUUUUGCUUUCAAGACAGUAGGGCCACUUAGAUCAUACCCAAAAACAGAUUGUUUUCAUUUGAAAAAA